AUGUUGGUAUUGUUAGUGUUUUGCUUUUUAUCGUUUAUAAGCAGUGGACAAGCUGAGGUGUCUUGUAAUUUAGUACGAUGCGCGAAACCUUUAUGCGUGUCAGGUGUUCCUCCGAUAAAAGAUCCAUCCGAAUGUUGCAAAAUCUGCCCAAAAAGACAAGAAGGAGAAUCGUGUGGUGGAUCAACCAAGGGUGUUUGUGAUGAUCAUCUUUUUUGUAAAAUAAACACCCAACACUCAAAAUACGGGAUAUGUGAGCGUAAAAAUCUCGAUUGCCGAAGUCAACGAGAUACUGGUCCAUGCGAAGGGUACUUUAAAAAAUGGUUUUUUAAUUAUGACGUAAAGAUGUGCCAACAAUUUGUCUAUGGCGGAUGCCUCGGAAACAAUAACAGAUGAAGACUCCACGGGAAGAAACGGCAGGGUCACAUUUUAAAAAUUUUGACAUUUUGCACUUUUUAACUUUAUAAACAAUAUUAUUAUACAUUUUAUUUGAAUUCAAAUCCAAAAAACAAUUGGAUGUACCUUUAUAGUUUGAUGGAACUUAAUCACUUUUUUUUAUUGUACAAUACAUACCUCCCCGAAAA